CUCAUGUUGAGUUGGUCUUAUUCUACAGUACCUUACCACAUUCUAGUAUAGGCUCUUCAUUCUAACUAUUCCUCUCAUUCCAAUGGAUUUACUACCUGUGAAAACGCCAAGAUACAAAAUCGAAGCCAAAAACCUCUCCUUCACACUUCCCAGUAAAGACCAUGAUGAGUUUGAUUGGACGUUAUGGAAGCGUCUGGCGCUCAUAAAAAGGAGAAACAGCAAUAUCAGGCCUUACAUAUUGAGGAACGUAAACUGUGAAGCCAGAGAUGGGGAGAUUACGGCAAUCGCCGGCCCGAGUGGAGCCGGGAAGACGACCCUGCUCGACAUCCUUGCCGGGAAUAAGGCGACGUCGUCGUCCAGGGUCGUCUCAGGUCAAGUUCUGGUCAACGGUCAACCCAUGAACCCCCCGCAUUUUCGGAGGAUUUCAGGGUAUGUGACGCAGGACGAAGCGCUUUUUCCUCACCUCACGGUGGAAGAGACGCUGACUUACAGCGCGCGGUUCAGGCUGGGAUUGGGGCGGAGAGAGGCGAAGGAGAGGGUGGCUAAGCUUUUGAAGGAGCUCGGGUUGGACCAUGUAGCAGGAAUGAGAAUAGGAAGCAUAGGCAGUAGGAGGAUAUCCGGAGGGGAGAAGAGGAGAGUCUCCAUCGGUGUGGAACUAGUCCAUAACCCCUCUGUUCUUCUCCUCGAUGAGCCAACUUCUGGGCUUGACUCCGCUGCAGCCCUCCACGUGGCUUCACUUCUGCAACGCAUGGCCAAGAACCAAAGUAAGACAGUGGUGCUAACCAUCCACCAGCCGGGGUUCAGAGUCCUCGAGCUAUUCGACAAGGUGGUUCUUUUAUCCCACGGCUUCAUCCUCCACAGUGGAUCUUUACAGCUUCUUGAGGAGAAGCUCAAGUCAUCGGGCUACUCCAUCCCGCUUCACGUCAACGUUCUCGAGUUAGCCAUUGAAGUCUUCACUGCUGAUUAUAAUCAUCAUGUAGAAAUAAUUGAUGAUGACUACAAUGAAGGUGAUGCAAUAAUGAUAAAGGAAGGGAAAACGCACUUUAGUUCAAAUGAUUCUUCUUUUCACUCAAAUUUUGCAUGGAAGGAGGUGUUGAUUUUGAGCAUGAGGUUCUGCAGCAAUAUAUUCAGAUCAAAGGAACUUUUCCUGGCUAAGCUCAUGCAGGCUCCACUUGUGGGUGUUCUAUUGGGAUCCGUUUUCUUGAACACUUACAAUAAUCAUGAUCCGAAUAAGAAAAUGCCACCACAACAGCUUCAAAAUCAGCUAGGGUUCUUCGCGUUUAGUCUCACUUUCUUGCUGUCCUCUAACGUAGAAGCCCUCCCAAUACUGUUGGAAGAGAAGCGGGUCGUAAUGAGAGAGACCUCGUGGGGAGCCUAUAGAAUCUCCACUUACACCAUAGCAAACGCUUUAGUGUUUCUUCCCUUUCUUCUUUUGGUGGCUCUAAUGUAUGCUGUACCCGUUUACUGGCUAGUCGGGCUCCGACCCAAAUUCGAUGGGUUCUUAUACUACUGUCUCAUUUCUUGGAUGAUUUUCUUGAUGGGAAAUUCUUUCGUCUCAGCGUGUUCUGCACUAGUUCCAAACUUCAUUGUAGGAAUGUCACUCAUAGGAUGUGUGAUUGGAUCAUUUUUCCUGUUCUCUGGGUAUUUUAUAGGGAAGGAAUCCAUUCCUAAGUUCUGGGUUUUUGUGCAUUAUCUGAGUCUUUUUAAGUACCCAUUUGAGUGUUUUCUGAUCAAUGAGUAUGGAGGAGAAUAUGGGAGAGGAAAAUGUGUGCAGAGGGUGGGGGGAGAAUGUGUGAUGUAUGGUGAUCAACUGCUGGAGCAAGAAGGUCUAAGAGAGUCAAAGAAAUGGAUCAACUUAGUUGUCAUGUUGGCUUACAUUUUGGGAUACAGAUUUCUCUCUUUUCUUAUUCUGUGGUGUAGAUCUUACAUAAAUUACAAUUAGUAAUUUGUGGUACUAAAUUUCAUGAUAGAACCAUCACAAGGCACCGAAUUUGGAUUAAGUGCGGUUAGUAUAGAUUAUUUAUUCAAUGCACUAAUUUGAAUGUUGGGUAAAUUAUCUCUCCAAUUUAGUCAUUUAGGUAUCCCCAUUCCUGUAUUCCUGCAAUGAC